AACGACCUAACCAUAUCUAUAACAUUUAUCACUUUUCUUGGUUAUAUACAUUGAAACACACAUAUCACUUUUGUGACAUUCGUUCUCAACAUGUCGCUCUCAUUAUUGCGUGCAUCGACUGCACACAGGAUGUUGUUUAUCCCAGAACUCGUCAACAUGGUAUUCACCUUCAUGGAUCGUGAAAGUAACGUCACAAAUGCUUGUGUAUGCAAGCAUUGGUCCGAUAUUGCUCUUGACUUACUCUGGAAAAACGUGGAUAAUCUCCUUCAGCUCAUCAAUCUGCUCGCGCCAGUUCAUAUAUCUCGCGGCUACUACAUGUUUGUUAAACUCCCAGACGCCAACGCGUGGCUCAGAUUUCAACAUUAUGCUAAACGUGUCCGGACGCUCCGUUUCUGUGAUAACACCGAAGAUACGGGCGUACAGUUGCGACUGCGCCCAAUUUUUGACGACAUCGCUAGGACAAGGACGGCUUUGGACAUCCUGCCUAACCUCCACACACUUGAGUGGCUAACCUACCAGGACAACUGCAUGGAGCUCUCAGUCCUCUUCAUGCACACGCGUGUAAAACACUUCGUCCUAUCUGUUCCCUCUGAUCCAGAACAGUCGAGACUCGCAUUCUUUACCGAUAUCUGUGCCAGGAUGCCUCAUCUAACAGAAUUGGAUCUGCGUAUCCCAUUCGCGAUGAGCAACAUUGAGGAUGAUAUUCUGGCACUAUUACGCGGACUGCCAAACUUGCGAAAGGUAGUCUUUCCGGAAUACCACCUCACGUCCAAGGUCGUAUCUCAGCUCUCUCAGCUUCGCAGAAUAGGAGUGGUGCAAUUCGAGCAUGGCGAUGCCCAAGGAUGUGGAUCUGUGCAGGACGUCGAGUCGUUCGAGCCCACUCUAUCUGAAGGCGCCUUUCGGUCAUUGUGGGAUCUGUCUCUGACAGCUCGUCUCACCGACGUUGACCGUUUUCUCAACAAGUCGUUCGCUCCCAUCAACCUCACAACUCUUUUCGUUAACACCUGCUGGAUUCAAAGCCCACGCCACCUUCACACUCUCCUUUCAACUCUUCUCGACAACUGCCAGCUCCUCUCCAGCCUUUACCUUGAGCUACUCUACUUGACCGAACAGCACGAGGAGCAAAUCACACCCGAGCUUCAAAUCAACUUUAGCACAUUAAAGCCUCUCCUCUCCUUCCCUAAUCUCACGACAUUCGAGCUGACACACGAAUACCCCGUAGACAUCACGCUAGCGGAGAUAGAAGAACUAGCCAGAAAUUGGCCUUCACUCGAACGUCUCUCGCUCAAUUGCGAGCCCCUCGUCAUGGAUCAUUUCACUCUCGACCUCCGUGCGCUCCUCCCUUUCGCGCGAUACUGCCCGAAACUGCGUAAACUCGGCUUGUUUCUUAACGCGACGACGGUAGACAUGCCAGAUGUACGCGAAUUGGGGUUGAGGCCGUUCCCCGCGCUGCGUACUCUGUCGGUCGGUGUGUCGAAGGUACAGGAGGAAGAGCCGGUCGCGCUUUUCUUGAGUCAGGUCUGCCCACUUGGGUGCGAGAUUGAGUUUGGUGUGACAUGGCUCCGUUCGCCUGGAUUUCCUCUUCUAGUGCUCGCCUCAGUUGCAGACCGGUGUUUAGCAUGGGAAUCAGUCAAGCGGCUCUUGCCGUCGUUGAUAAAACUGCGGAGAGAAGAGAGGAAGAGGACAAAACGUUUAGUUGAAGAGGUCGAAGAUCUUCGCAUACGCAGCAGGCUACUGACAGAAAAACGCAAUUUAAAAACGGACGAUUCGUGUGUCAUAUCGUAG